AUGGCCACCGCACCCCGCUCAUAUGAGUUUGUCCUUGUCAUCCCCGACAAGCCUGGCCCCGAGGUCCGGGCCAAGCGUCUCGAAGUGAGACCGUACCAUUUUAGUGACAUGAACCCCUCCCUCAAAGAUGGAUGGCUGAAAAUGGGGGGCGGCCUUCUCAACGAGAUCCCUGAGGAUGACAACGACGCAAACACGUAUGACUUUGCUGGGAGCAUAAUGGUCUUGGUUGCCGAGUCCAAAGAGGACGCCAUAAACAAGAUCAAGGACGACAUCUAUGUGAGAGCAGGUGUAUGGGAUCUUGAAAAGGCCCAAGUCUAUCCCUUCAAAAAAGGCUUCAGAUUCCCCUAAGGUACAUGCUGAGGAAGAGAAGUACAGCACAAAUAGCAUGGGCCCAUGUUCGAUACAUCCUGAAUAGAGAGAGAGAAAGAAAGAUAAAGAGAAAAAAGAAAAAAAAAAAAAAUUGCAAAUGCCACCCAGCCAAAAGUUAACAAUGAUGCAUCCGAUAUUACCCCGGUAGCCAUCAUCCCAUCAGCGUAGCUGAUCAGAUACCAUCGCUGGACGGCCCCAAUGUCUUCCCGACCCCUUCCGAGAAAUUUCCAACGCACCGUACGGAGAAUUAACAUAAGCUUCAGAAACACCAGACAAGACCAAAAAGCAAAAAGCAAAUAGACGAGUGAAGAGCUCAGUGAAGACAAUCGAUGUUUCCUUGAUGUUUCCUUGUCGAGACAUGAUUCACUUGCCAUCGGGAGUGGUUGUUGUGGCCUCCUCUGCUGCGACUCUCAAAUCAUAGCUGAUGUCGAAGCAUUCGGCAAGGAGCUCGCUAACACUGCCUUGGCCUUCGGGGAUAUCGCCAUUGACAACGAAUUUGC